AUAGCAUGCAGUUUAUGAAUAGUAGCUUGGCCUCUCUUACAAAGAAUUUGGAUGAUGACUACCCAAUUACGAUUGAGUAUUUCAAGAAACAAGGAUAUUCUUCUGAACAGAUUUCCUUAGCAUAUUACAAAAAAAUCUUUUUUCAUGAAUAUAUAAAUUCUUAUGACCGAUUUAAGGAAACAGACUUACCUUCGAAUCAUGAGUUUCAUAGUGUUCUUGGAG